UAAUCCAUUUGUUAACCGGUUAGGUAGGUAAAGACUACAAAAUUCUCCCCUUCCUUCUGUGUUCAACACACGUCUUUCUAUCUGUCAGUUGCCUGAAACUCUGAAAUCUCCGGCGAUCUCUCCGAACCAUUUCAUAGCGUGAAUCUGCAGGUGAAGGAGUCAUGGAGUUUCUUUUUAAGGGAGCAACUGAAGAGACGUCUGAAUGCCCCUUUAACUCGCAAGACAUCCAAAGGUGCCCAUUUUUGAGGAACAUUAAUACACCAACUAACUUCUCUUUCACUUCUGUCGGCUUCUCCAAUCCUGGGAGGGGAGCUAAAGGUCCAAUCUUUGAAGAUGGACCGAACUUUAACAUGGCCUUUAAGCUCUUUCAUGGGAAGGAUGGAGUAGUUCCACUUUCUGGAAAGACUUUUCAUGACGAUGCAGUGAAAACUGUCUCCGCCUCUCAAUUCAACCCUUUAGCUGCAAAAGCUGCAACAAUCAGUUUAUCUGGAUUUGGAUCUGGUGGCCCUUUCAGCUUUGAUUUCUUCUCCAAGAACUUUAAGAAUCAGAAAAAGAAAUUAGAUUCUUCCAAAGAGAGAAAACCAACUUCACAGGAAGGGGACUCGUCGAAGCACGAGGCAACAGGAAACGAGUGGUUAGAAUCGGGAAACUGUCCAUUAGCCAAAUCAUACAGAGCAGUUAACGGCAUCCUUCCUAUUGUUGCAUCAGCAUUCCGUCCUCCCCCCGGUUUAAAAAUCCAAUGUCCACAGGCAAUUGUCGUCGCUAGAGCUGCCCUAGCCCGAACCGCCUUCUGCAAAAAUCUCCGUCCACAAACCCUCCCCACAAAAAUGCUUGUAAUCGGAGCUAUGGGAAUGGCUGCCAACAUUCCUUUAGGCGUUUGGAGAGAACACACUCGGAAAUUCUCUAUUUCGUGGUUCGUCGCAGUUCAUGCUGCAGUACCUUUUAUAGGCAUGCUUAGGAAAACCGUUCUUAUGCCUAAGAACGCCAUGGCAUUAACGAUUGCAGCUUCAAUUCUCGGUCAGGUUAUCGGUUCUAGGGCUGAGCGUAUUAGGCUCAAAGCGAAAGCUAAAAGAGAGAAACUCGCUUUUCCAGCUCUCGUCGUCACCGGUCAGGUUGAUGGAUUUCCGGCAGCAGGCGGUUAUUGUGGUAAAGAGGAAGGGAUGAUUUGGGAUCCUCUUCCCGGCAAGGGAACGGUUGUUGUCGCCAAUUCAUCCCCUGCUAGUACUGUUUGUUUCUGAGAAUUUGUUUAAGAAAUGAGGAAUAAAAAAAACAACUCUUAUGAAAUAAAAAUGAUGGAGUGUUUUUUUAUUUGUAUAAUUUGUAUUGGACUUGUUAACAUUUUGUGUGAAAUUAUUAUAUAGUGUUCUUGUAUUA